UAGAGACCAUCAAUAUUCUGUCAAAUUCACGUUUGUUGACUGGUGACUGACAGUGAGUUGUCAAAAUUAUUUAGUUUUAGAUUUUCCAUAGAAAGGAGCCUGGGGCGGUGCACUCUAAUACGUAGUUUCUUUUAUAUUGUACGAUUAAAAUAAUGGCUACUGAAGAAAAACAACAUGAUUUACAACAAAAAUUUGAUGGAUCUUCAACAGCCUUGCAAAUUUUGGAAGGAAAAGAUUUAUCAGGGCAAGUGGCUUUAGUUACCGGUGGAAAUACUGGUAUUGGCUUUGAAACAGCACGAUCUUUAGUGCUACAUGGUUGCAAAGUAAUAUUUGCAUGUCGAAACACGGAUGCAGCUGAAGCGGCUGUAAAACGAAUUGCUGAAGAGAAAUCCGAUGCGGCAAAGAAUUGUGAUUGUAUACGUUUAAAUUUAUCGUCGUUAAGUGAAGUUCAAAGUUUUGCAGAAGCAGUUAUUGGAAAAUAUAGCCGCAUUGACAUGCUCAUUUUGAAUGCUGGAGUAUUUGGCAUGGAUUAUUCUACAACCGAAGAUGGUUAUGAAAUUACAUUUCAAGUAAAUCAUUUGAGUCAUUAUUAUUUGACUCGAUUACUUUCGAAACUUUUAGGGGAAAAAUCCCGAGUCAUGGUUUUAUCGUCAGAGUCACAUAGACAAGCAAAUUUAAACAAGAAUAAUAUUUCUGCUGAAAAAUUAUCACCUCCAAAAAAUAAAUAUUGGAGUAUGAUGGCGUAUAAUAAUUCAAAAUUAUGUAACAUUUUGUUUGCAAAGGAACUAGCCCGUUUGUGGGAAAAUCGUGGAAUAUCUGUGUUUGCAGUACAUCCUGGUAAUUUGAUAGCAACAGAUUUGAGUCGCUAUUGGUGGGGUUGGAAGCUGAUUUUUUUUAUUGUUCGACCGUUUACUAAAUCUUUGCAACAAGGUGCUAGUACAACUAUUUAUUGUGCAACGGUACCGGAAUUAUCUAGUUCAUCUGGAUUAUAUUUUAAUAAUUGUUCUGUUUGUGAUGUAACCGCUAAUGCUAAAGAUAGUGAAUUAGCAAAAGCUUUAUGGGAAAUUAGUAACGAUAUGAUUAAAGCAAAAGUUGGUGCAGAAUCUUGCUUAGAAUAA